GGGUGCUGUGCGCAUCAGUUGGACUGGGAUAUGGGCAAUGGCCAGGGGAGGUUAGGCUUUGAAGACUUUAAUUUGAAACCCGAGUUGCUGAAGGGCCUCCAAGAAGCUGGACUGAACUCCGCAUCGGCCAUUCAACAGCAGAGCUUACUGGCGAUCUUCGCGGGAAAGAGCUUGUUGGCCAAGGCCACCAAUGGCAGUGGAAGAACGGAAGCUUUCGUCAUAGCUUUGCUGGAGAAGUGUCACUCUACGAAGAACGCGAUUCAAGGACUGGUUCUGGUCCCUACCAGAGAACUGGCCUUGCAAACCUCCAACGUCUUAGGACUCCUUGGGAAGCAUAUGGACAUGAAGUACAUUGUGGCCAAGGGCGGGACGAGCAUAAGAGACGAUCUGGUUCGUUUGUCUGGUGAAGUUCAUAUCUUGAUUGCCACCCCUGGACGGUUGCUGGACCUUGCCCACGAGGACGCCUGCAACCUGAGUAGAUGCCAGUUGAUCGUCAUGGACGAAGCGGAUCGUUUCUUCUGCCCGGAACUUCUACCGAUCCUUGAGGACAUUGUGCAGUUCCUGCCCUCGCAGAGACGGCAGUUCUUGAUGUAUUCAGCAACUUACCCCAGUGCCAUGGUGCAUUUCAAGAAUUGUCACCUAACAGAUGUGCAUGAGGUGAAUUUCAAGGAGCAGCUGACGCUCAAUGGCGUCUCGCAGUUCUAUAUCUGUGUGGAGGAGAAUCGAAAGGUGUUCUGCCUGACGAAAGCGCUGUCCACAUUUCAGAUCAAUCAGGUCAUCAUUUUCUGCAAUUCGGUGACUCGCGUGAAAUUGCUCGCCCGGAAGAUGACGCAUUUGGGUUACCCAUGUCUCUUCUUCCACCCGGGCCUUUUUCAGUCUGAGAGACAACAAGUUCUUCAAGACGCGUGGUCUGGAGCUUGUCAAAGCAUGGUGUGUUCUUCGCAUUUCAUGCGUGGCAUCGAGACAGAGUCGGUCAAUGUGGUGAUCAAUUUCGACUUUCCUCGGGGGCCUCAGACCUACUUGCACCGUACCGGCCGCUUCAGCCGUUUAGGCUUGGCGAUCUCCUUUGUGACGCAACGCGACCGGAUCGACCUGCUGCGGCUGCAGAAAGCCAUGGGCACAAAGAUCUUGCCCAUGCCUGCAGCCAUCGACCCAGUCCUCUACACCUGAGUGACGUUCAACGUUCCACUUCACUCGGAGGGUUGCCGUGUUAGAAGCACUCAUACAUUUGAGCAGUGUUCAAAACCCCUGUUGGUUGAUGA